ACUUAAAAGACAAUGUGGAUACUAUAAAUAAAUACAAGCGUUAACGCCAAUUUACUUCUGCACUGGCCAGCAAAGAUGAAAGUACUAAUUUUGUUCUUCAUAUAUUGUAUUUUGAGGAUACAGAAUGCAGAAGGAAAAGAAAUUGUUCUCUCAAAAAGUUACUUGGCACAUCUGACUCAAAAUCAAAUCAAUGCAAUUUAUGCGAUAAAAUCAAAAGAACUCUCCAAUAUCGAUGUAAACAGGUUGCUGAGUAUUAGUGACUUAUGGGAUAAAAUUAAAAAUAGUAUUAUUGACGCAUGGGACGCCGUUAAAGAUAUAGCUGAUAAAACCAGAGAGAAAAUCAUCGUGUGGCUUCAAAAUAUAAAGAAACAAGCAGAAGAAGCGAUCAAAGAUUUUGAGGCCAAGCUAGAAGUCCUAAAAGACAGAUUUAACAAAUUUAUACAGGCAUUGGAGAAAAAAGUAGGAGAAGUUAAACAAUGUAUCCAAGACGACAAGGACGUUAUCCAAGAAUUACUAAAGCAAAUAGCACAAAGUGUGAGAUCGUGUAUUGCUGACAGUGUUAAAAAUGCAUCAGUUUUAGAUAGCCAUCAGUCAAAACUGAUACUUGAUGACACUGAAUUCAUUAAAGAGGCUGAAGAUAAAAUGAAUAAAUGCGUUCAAGAAGUUGACAAUGCUGAUGAAUGCCUGAAUAAAGCUAGAGGAGAGAUUUAUGAUGACAUGGAACAAAAAGAGACUUACAUUAUGAAUACUAGAUCAGUUAGCAGAGACGUAGUAGAAGACACUUUGGAGACCAUCGUAAAUUGUGCAGCAGACGGGAUCAUUGAAGCCUCAGAGGCGAUUACAGAAGAAGUAAUAAAUAUCGUCAACUGCGUUAAGAGUGAAAAAGAAAAAUCUUUUGUUUACUUAAACCAUUUAUAG